AUGCCCGUCAUGUUCGAUUCCCCGGACAGUCUGCUCGAUAUCGAACUCGAGAUUGUGUCGGCCAAGGGCAUCGACACCGGUGACUACCUCGGCCUCAAGACCGCUCUCAAGGGCGAGUUCUCGUCGAGGGACGCGUACGUUUACAUUGAGAUCGACGGCCAGAAAGUGGCCUGGACGCGGCCGAUCUUCGACACGCUCAAGCCUGAGUGGAACGAGAAGUUCGUCUUCAAGAAUGUCCAGCACUCGUUGGUGUUCAAGCUUUCGCUGUUCGACAAGGAUGUGGACGCCGACGACGAGUUGGGCGAGGCGCAGUUCAUUGCCGACACCGCUAUGUAUGCCACGGAGACUGCGUUCGACCUGCCGAUCACCAUGGCCGGUAGAAACGCCGGCACACUUAGUAUCAAGGUGAAUUCGCACCCUGUGAGCUUUGACGAAGACGCCGAGCUGCAAGAGGUCGGACCUGUGCGCUACUCUGUGCACUCGAGCUUUUCGGCCGGGCUUCUGUCCAUGCUAACCACGCCGUGA